AUGGCCGCAGACCCUCGAGCCCUCCUCCAGAAAGCCGAGAAAGCGCUUCAAGGUGCUUCAGGCGGCUUCAGUUUCUUCGGCGGUCGUACUGAGAAAUAUGAGAACGCAGCAGAUCUAUACACACAGGCCGCCAACGCAUUCCGAAUCCAGAAGCUGAACAAGGAAGCCGGUCAAGCUUUUGAAAAAGCUGCCGCUAUCCAGACCCAGAACUUGAACGAACCCGGUGACUCCGCCAACACAUUGCAGGAGGCCUUCAAGGUCUACCGCAAGUCAGACCCCGAGGACGCCGUCCGCGUGCUUUCAUCCGCCAUACAGUACUAUGUAUUGAACGGGAACCUCCGCCGAGCAGCCACCCAGCAGCAGUACCUGGCAGAAGUAUACGAGACGGAACUAGGGGAUGUAAAGAAUGCACUGGAAGCUUAUGAGAAGACCGCGGAGUGGUUCGAUGCCGACAACGCUGAAGCUCUCGCAAACAAGCACUUCCUCAAAGCAGCCGAUUUAGCCGCCCUUGAAAGCGACUACUACAAAGCAAUUGACCACUAUGAGCGGAUUGCCCGCACAUCCAUCAACAACGGCCUAAUGAAGUGGUCCGUUAAAGAUUAUCUUCUAAAAGCCGGGCUCUGUCAUCUAGCCACCAAUGACAUGGUCUCCGCCAACCGCGCCCUCGAGAGCUAUCGUGACGUUGACCCAACAUUCAACUCAACGAGAGAACACCAACUGCUUGUAGACCUGAUUCAGACUAUGGAGGCGCGAGACCAAGAGGCAUUCGCCGAUAAACUCUUCCAGUUCGAUCAGCUCAGCAAGCUAGAUAAGUGGAAGACGACGAUUCUAUUGCGGAUCAAGAACGGGAUUGAAGGACCAGAGGAAGAUGAUUUUGCUUAA